ACUCCGCUCAAAAGGUUUAGUGGCAUGCAUGUUGUUUAGUGUUGACUAUGCCUCGGUAUUUGGAUCUACAUAAAAACACAAAUUUUUGCACACACCGUACUUUUGCCGUCACAAUGAAUCGCAGUGACUAUGACGAGAAUAUUCGCUAGCCAGCCAGCCGACAGUCACUGGCUAAUGUGGACAUUGCGCUUUUCAGUUUGUCAAAUACACGAAGACCUUAGUUGGAUAGUUAAGAUUAAUUUGUGACACACGUCUGGGUACCGGCAACUGGUAACAUCAAUCAAAUCGUAAUUUUGCGAGUAAACCAAACCGGUAGCACUAUAUAGCUAAACCUGGCAGGUUUAAUAUAAUGUCAAUGAAAUGUUCGCUACAGGUUAUGAUAGCACUUAUAUUACUUAUUAGCCAAAUUGGAUAACAGCGUGGUCAGUUUCUCGUAGUUGCACUCAAAGAUCACGCUUAUUUGGUACUGAAUUGCAUCACGCAGCAUUAUUCUAAAUGACUACCAGCCAAACGUGAGAGAGAAUUGGGCCGUAGGUAGGUGCCAAACUAGCUAGCAAUAGCAGGCUACCGCCAAUUCAUUCAUUUGUCUGUAAAUGGGUAUCUAGAUUAUGGUCCCUAGCCACAAGCGCAUGCCCCAAAAUUGACAUUUUUUCUGAAUUUUCUAGCUAGAUAUAGUCUAUAUGAUGAAUAGACACUGUUAAAAUUGUGUCAUUUCGAAGUAGACCAUUAAGAUUAGUCGCUAAAUAGUUAUAUUUUUCUUGCAGUACACGUGGCCUGAGUGUACAGCAAUAGGGAAAGUGAAGAGAUAACCACCCACCCUUCCACGAAGACUUCAAGUAACGCGGUUAACAUAAAUCGACUAUGCAUUAGUCUGAGCCUUCGGAUUGCAUUUACGGCGUUGCUCGCGGUCCAGCCACUCGGGAUCCUUGUUUUGUACACGAUAUUACUUAAAUGAUUAUAUUUGGCCUCCAUUAGCAGCUGGUAUGUCAAGACGCUGCACUUUUAAGGCAACGGGUUCUCUCGCGUUAGGGUUGGGUUCCUUCUACGGACUUAAUAGUUACUGCCGCUACGUUAACCACUGGUUUUCAAGGGCGUGCUCUGCGCUGGCCGUGUGCGUUAUAGCCAAUGAACUGCAUAAGAACAGUGGCUAUGUCUGGAGCGAGCUUAUUCUCAGCUGAUUAUGCAGGUUUAUUAGAGCAUUAGACCGUCCAAUGAAAGUGCUGCCACCUGCAAUGGUGUCUGCUUAGCAUUUCUUUUGUGUUAGCAUUUUUGCUUUAAAUUUGAAUGAAAAAGAGUCUUCAAAUUUAGUUGCAAACUUUGUAAUCUGAUGUAUAUUCUGGUGUAUAACUGAAUAUAUGUAGCCAAUAAAUUGAUUUAUGUUCUUUCUUUCAAAUUGAAAAGAAAAAUUAAGAUACCAAUUCCGUCCUCCCAUCACAAAGGAACAUUUGCCGAUCCCCGAUUGCUGAAGCAGUCUUCAGGAAAUUGGCGACAGAUAGUGGGGAUAUAAAUAAAUGGAGGAUAGACAGUGCAGCCACCUCCACGUAUGAGAUAGGAAACCCGCCUGAUUACCGCGGGCAGGUCUGCAUGAGGAAGCACGGGGUGCCCAUGAGCCAUGUGGCCAGGCAGCGCCGCCUCUUGUGCUCUCUGUUGCAGUGGGUCAUAGACAGUGGUGCUGUGUCUGACUGGAACACAGGCAGCUCCCCUGACUCUCGUGCUCUGGCCUGCCUCAGGAAACACUCCAUAGAGACAGACCACAGGGCCAGACAGGUGACAAAGGAGGAUUUUCUGUCUUUUGAUUACAUGCUUUGCAUGGAUGAAAGCAAUUUGAGGGAUCUCAACAGGAAAGCAAACUCAGUAAAAAACUGCAAAGCCAAAAUCGAGCUUCUUGGGAAGUAUGACCCUCAAAAACAGCUGAUCAUCCAAGAUCCCUAUUAUGGGAGUGAAGAGGAUUUUGAAACGGUGUAUGAACAGUGUCUUAGAUGCUGCAGAGCAUUUUUGGAAAGCCAUUCCUGAUGCCACAUUCACCAGCUUCAGUAAACAAUACAUUAUUACACUUAAUGUCACAUAGUGUAAUAAUUUGUCAGCAAUUUGAACCUGGCAUGGUAGCAAUUAAAAGAGAAACCUUGAUGGAAAUGUAUGUGACAGUCCCAUUACAAUGAGCACUGAAUGAUGUCUUGUCAAAUUUUGUGUUGUUUGAGGAGAAUUGAAUGUCAAGUUGGGCUGUUUCUUAACUGGUUGAUUUAGUGUGGAAGUGAAAAUAAAAUAAAUAUAAAUCUCA